AUGGCAGCGCCUGCCACUUUGCCAGCACUGCUGGCUUCCUUGACCCAGUCGCUCUCACUAACCCAGGAGGCUGCACCCAAAAUCGCCAGCAUCGAACACCCCAAGGAUGGCAUUUCGCUACUCGAUGUUAAAAACGAGCUGCUCCUGUCGUAUCUCCAGAACCUCGUCUUCCUCAUUUUGCUCAAGAUCCGCAACGCCAAAGAUGAUGCGGCUGACAGCCAUGGUUUGGAUGAGUCGGUAAGAGCAAAGCUUGUCGAGCUGCGUCUGUAUCUCGAAAAGGGUGCGAGGCCUUUGGAAGACAAAUUAAAAUUCUCCAUCGAACGGUUUCUCCGCACGGCAGAAGACGCUCAGCGUUCCCACGAGCAACAAGCCAAGCCAACGACUGCCAAGGGUUCUUCCGACACGUCGGGCUCAGGUUCAAGUGAGGACGAGGACGAGGACGACCAUGCCGAGGGCAAUGAAAUGGACCGUCAACCGAGGCGCUUGCGAGGAAACACUUCAGCGGCUCCGAAUCUCGCCAGCAUGGUUGACGACGCAACUACAAGGCCAGAUGAUGGGGAGGACAGCCGGGCAGGAUUGUACAGACCACCCAAACGAGACAGAGCUGUCAUGGAGACGGGGCGGGCGCGUGAUGGGAAAAUUCGCAAGGCUCAAAGGUCGACUACCAUGGACGAGUUUGUGAAUGACGAGCUUUCUGCAGCCCCCAUGGCUGAACCCAGUAUUGGCACAACCAUUGUUCAGGGCGGGCGCAAAAUGAAGACGGCGUCGGAGCGGAAGGAGGAAGCCGAGCGCCGCGAUUACGAGGAGACCAACUUUGUCCGUCUGCCCAAGGAGAGCAAGAAGGAACGCGCCAAGAAAAAGAAGGCGGCGGGUCACGGUAAUGGUAUGCAAUUCGGUGGGGAGGAGUGGCACAACCUGGGCGAAGGUGUUGAUCGGAUCGACCGCCUCACGAAGAGGAAAGGUGCCGCUGGCGGGACUGUCCGCGCGCUGUUGGACAAGAGUCGGAAGCGUGGAUUUGAUACUACCGAUGGUCCGCGAGGAAGUGGGCAUGGCAUGGAGAUGGGUCACCGAUUCCAGAAAAAGGCAAGACUGCUGGAAGCUGGGCGGAGAGAUAGAGGCAAAAACAGGUGA